AGCUGUUAGCAUCUCGGCUUAACAGUAGUUAUGUAUUGUUCCUGUGUUGGGACAAUAAAUGACUUCGAGCUGGCAAAAUGCAAAAAAAAGAACGGAAUUGAGAAUAAAACUGCAGCGGAUGUUUAUGUACUUUAAAGGAAUAAUUGUAGCAAAUUCUUAUCAGUCUUCUUUUGUCAAUAGUCUUCGGUAAAAGCCUUACCGUACUCCUUAUUGCGCCGUUCUCGAAUUUAGUUACUACGUUAGCACUGGCCUCUCUUACGCAUAGACGGAACGGUAUAACUGUUGGUCCAAACUACUAAAUUUGGACAUGAAUACUUCAAACAUUGAUACAAAUUUUCCUUUAUCGCCUCUUUCUGCUGGAUUACUGCCUACAGGCUUUAAUUUUCAAUGCGGUGAAUUUAAGGUGACCAUUGAUAAAUAUCUCGCCGAAGGCGGCUUCUCUCAUGUUUACCGCGUUUCACUAGCUAAACCAAAUGCGAAUCCUGUGAUUGCUGUGUUGAAACGGAUAUUCGCAAAUGAUGCUAUUGCACUUGGUCCAAUCCGUGCAGAAAUCCAGACAAUGAAAAUGGUUAGCAAUCAUAAGCGUUGUGUUUCGUAUUACGGAUCAGAAUUUUUCAGGACGAGAAACAACACGUUCGAAGUGCUCGUUCUGUUGGAAUACUGUGCCGGUGGAGGACUUAUUGAUUUCAUGAAUACCCGUCUCCAGACGAGAUUAACGGAGAAUGAAAUUCUUAAGAUUGCAAGCGAUGUCACCGAAUCGGUCGCAGCAAUGCAUUACCUUAAUCCUCCACUUAUUCAUAGGGAUUUGAAGAUUGAGAACGUUUUGCUUGACGCUCCCAACUCUUACAAGCUGUGCGACUUUGGUAGUGCCUGCCCGCCUAUCCCGGGUGCAAAAACGCCUGAGGAAAGUCAAAUCCUGCAUCAAAAUAUGGAGAAAUAUACUACUUGGCAAUAUCGUUGCCCAGAAAUGAUUGACACUAGCCAUGGAAUUGGCAUCGAUGAAAAAAGUGAUAUCUGGGCACUUGGUGUCUUGUUCUAUAAGCUGUGCUACUUUAUCACUCCGUUUGAGCAGCAAGGACCCGUUGCAAUCUUGAAUGUUUCCUACUCCUUUCCGCAAACUCCUCCUUAUUCAACACGGUUAAAGCGAUUGAUCUCCACUUUACUCAAACCACAUCCAUCCCAAAGACCCAAUAUUUAUCAAACUCUUCACGAAAUUUGCAGUUUACGUAACGUUCCGACACCCAUAAGGGAUAUAUAUAAUGGAAAAAAUAAGUCUUACUAUAACCCCUCUGGUUCCGAGUAUCUGAUGAAGUUGAAUCAACAAGAACGCGAUGCUCACCUCAAAACGUCGGCUUCACAUAUGUCUCUUCCUGCGAAGUUCACCGCAACAGCAGGUACUCCAGUACCUGCUACUUUCAUUCCUAGAGCAGUCAGCAUGCCUUCUGCAGCUCCAAACGGUUUUGCUGCUGCAAAGCCUGCACCCGUUCUCGCUGCUAAGAUUCCAAUCCAGCAGAGUGUUGUGAAACCUAUGCCACCGGUUCCCGCAAGGAUUCCACAGACGAAUGGCGGGCCAAACUUUUCUGCGGAAAGAAAGCCUGCCCCACCGCCUCAGCGCAUUGUUAAAAAGACUUCUUACAUUUCACUUGCUGACAAUGCUUUCUCUUCCGCUCAAGCUCCUCCUAGUCGGCCGGUUGUUCCCCUUCCACCGAAGCCUAAGAUCGCGGCUACCGUAGCUCCACCUGUAAUUCCCGCAAAGCCAGUGAUUCAAGAACCCAUACAAUCGCCCGUUGAAGAGGACGAAGAACCUCCUCUGCCCAUCUCUGCUCGAAUUAGUCAAUGGAACCAGACCGCCACUAAAGCACCUUCCCCAGCUGUCGUCAACAAGGUUUCAGAGCGAAUUAUUACACCGCAACCAGCACGCGUUCCUCCUGCUGUUCAGCCUAAACCAAUACUUUCGGAUGUGGGCUCUGAGUCAAAGAAAUUUAUACCUUCGGUAUCUAGCAAAUCGUCACCUGAGCCUUCUGCGUAUCGAACGAAGAGUUACAGCCCGCUUAGUAACUCUUCUGUAUCUUCAGUUCCUCGUGCUGUUUCCUCUGUACCCGUUUCCGCCGUAAGAACGGGCAGUUCUACGAAAAGUUCUCUUAUCCAAGAACGAAUUAAAUCACUCAUGGCCCCCAAAGAAAAAGAAAAGGUACCUGUUGAAGGGUAUGGCAAGUACACAGAUGUCUUAAGUGAUCAGAAAUAA